ACAAAAGACGAAGAUCUCAAAGUUGCACAGUUGAGAAAAAUAUCUCUUCUUAUUGAAAAGGCAAGAAUUGACAAGAAGCAUCAUGUUCUAGAAAUUGGAUGCGGUUGGGGAAGCUUAGCUAUUGAAAUUGUGAAGCAAACUGGUUGUCAUUAUACUGGCAUUACUUUGUCUGAACAACAAUUAGAAUAUGCACAGAAGAAAGUAAAAGAUAUUGACCUUCAGGAUCAGAUCAAUUUUCUUCUUUGUGACUAUCGACAAUUAUCGAAAAUGAAGAAAUAUGAUAGGAUUAUAUCAUGUGAGAUGAUAGAAGCUGUUGGCCACGAGUUCAUGGAAGAUUUUUUUGGUUCUUGUGAAUCAGUGUUAGCAGAAAAUGGUCUUUUUGUUCUGCAGUUCAUAUCAAUACCGGAUCAACGUUAUGACGAACAUCGUCUAAGUCCUGAUUUUAUGAAGGAAAUAUUUCCAGGUGGAUGCCUUCCAUCAUUAAAUAGAGUAACAACAGCCAUGGUUGCAGCAUCAAGACUUUGUGUGGAACAUUUAGAGAAUAUUGGAAUUCAUUACUAUCAAACAUUGAGGUGUUGGAGAAAGAAUUUCAUAAAUAAUAAGAGCAAGAUACUCGAGCUCGGAUUUGAUGAAAGUUUCAUACGCACUUGGAUAUACUAUUUUGAUUAUUGUUCCGCUGGUUUUAAAUCACACACUAUUGGAGAUUAUCAAAUCGUAUUUUCAAGGCCUGGAAAUAUUGCAACAUUCAGCGAUCCAUAUCAAGGAAUUCCUUCAGCAAAUUGAAUUGAUUUUAAUAAGAAUUUUAAGGUGUAAGGUUCUCUUUUCAUUUGCAAUUUAUUACUUUGUAAGGAAUAAAAAUCAUACAUUUUACUCCUAAAUUUGAACUUUUUAUAAGAAUUACCAAUACCAAACAGUGAUAUAAAUUUUACCCCGAAUAUUAUAGAUUAGUUAAAAAGGUUUGGACCAAACUAUAAUUGUUUAUGUAAUGUAUUUGUUUCAAACUCAAUCUCUACCAUUUGAAAUAUAUAUAUAUAAAUAUUUUUAA